UGGCCUCUGAAGGGACUGAGCCAGUUCGGGCCAGCCCGCUGCUCUUUCUCUCCUUCGCUCUUUUUCUUUUCCCUCUCACUCUCUCUUCCUGUCCUGUCUGUUUAAGGAGAGGGAGAUUGGGAAAUUCCUUCAAGCUACUUUACUUCAGGGUUUCUGUGGGAUUUAAACAUGCACACUGAGAUUUUGGUGCAGUCCAUGUUAGCACCGUUGUGUCUGAUCCUGCUCUCUGUCGUUGAGGAAACUUUGUUACAGUCUGUGAGCCAGGUGGGUGGCGCGUGCAGGCUGUCCACAGAGUCGUCCCUGCGCCGCUGUAGGACACCCGAUGGCAAGAUCUGCAGUGGGAGGGGCAAAUGUGACUGCGGCGUCUGCGUCUGCCAGGCCACAGAUCCCGGAAAGUUCUACGGCCCGCGCUGUGAGUGCCACGACUGGGUCUGUGGCACGUACAGCGGGAAAACGUGCAAUGAUCGUGGCUACUGCGACUGUGGGAUGUGUGAGUGCGAUGAAGGCUGGUACGGAGACGCCUGCCAGUUCCAGGAGGACUGCAGCCUGCCCACCAAGAAGAGCAAGGAGCUGUGCAGGAACCCGCAGGGGGUGGUCUGCUCCAACAGGGGAACCUGCCACUGCGGCAGCUGCAUGUGUGACAAUCAGGACAACAGGGGUUUGGUGACUGGACGGUUCUGCGAGUGCGAUGACAGCGAGUGUCUGGAUGAGGAUACAGGAGAGGUUUGCGGAGGCCAUGGCCAGUGUUACUGUGGAAACUGUUACUGUGCUGCUGGUUGGCAUGGAGACAAAUGUGAGUUCCAGUGCGACAUCAGCCCAUGGGAAAGCAAGCGGAGGUGCACAUCCCCAGAUGGCAAAAUCUGCAGCAACAGAGGUACCUGUGUGUGUGGAGAGUGUAACUGCUACGACGUGGAUCCCUCUGGUGACUGGGGAGACAUUCACGGUGACACCUGCGAGUGCGACGAGAGGAACUGCCAUGCCACGUACGACCGAUACACAGAUGACUUCUGCUCAGGUCACGGCCAGUGCAACUGCGGCAGAUGCGACUGCAAGGAUGGAUGGUCGGGGAAAAAGUGCGAACACCCGCUGUCCUGCUCUCUGUCUGUGGACAGCAGCUUAAAGAAGUGCAGAGGAACGUCCAAUCUGCCCUGCUUCGGACGAGGUCAGUGUCGGUGUGGACAGUGUACUUGCCACCCACCUGGGGACAGCCGUGUUCAUGGCAAGAACUGCGAGUGUGACGAUCGUCAGUGCGAGGACAUCAGUGGGGAGGUCUGCGGAGGUCACGGUUACUGCUCGUGUGGACGGUGCAUCUGUGAGGACGGCUGGUUCGGAAAGCGGUGCCAGUUCGCCCGGGCCUGUGGCAUGAGCGACGAGCAGAGCAAAGAGCUGUGUGAGACCUCCGACGGGGUCGUCUGCAGCGGAAAAGGGUCGUGCCACUGUGGCCAGUGCAUCUGUUCGCCUCAAGAUUGGUGGGUGUCUGGAGACUACUGUGAGUGCGACGACAGAGAGUGUGAUAAACAUGACGGCCUCAUCUGCACAGGGAACGGGCUGUGCAAUUGUGGGACCUGUGAGUGCUGGGACGGCUGGACGGGGAACGCCUGCGAGAUCUGGGUGGGAGCGGAUUACUGAGGAGGACGGGACAGCGGGGUUAGAGACUCGAGGCCAGGCCGCCCGCAGAGACCGGGAGCUCCAUCCGACAGACACGACCGAGCCGGUGAAGCGCCUCAGCCUGGACGCCGUGAGACGCCGUGAGACCAGUCCUCGCGGAUGGAAUUCUGCCUUUCAGCAACUGCAUUCAGCAUUUCAUUGUACUGGUUACACGUGGUCCUUCUUAAAACUCAGUUUUGUUUGUGAAAACUGUUGAAACCAUAUAACAAUGUAAACAUUUCUGCUUUCAAAACCGCCGUAUGUAUGAUUCUUAUAUGUAUAUGUAAAGUGGCUACAUUAAAUAGGAUGCAGGAACACGACAAAUCCAGAUGCUGGAAACAUGAGAACAUGUGACAUUUCUAAAAGAUGUGCAAUGCUGCAGACCGUAACACAGGUGUUUUCAAUCCACAUUGAAAAUUCACUCCAAAUUCACUCCAAAAGUCCAGGCAGAGGUUGCUCUUUGAGGUUUUUAUUUCAUUUUAAUAAUAAAACAUUAAAUGUGCCGCAUGACACAACAUUUUGCAUGGAAAACAAUGCGAAGACCUUAAUCAUACAUGAUUACAAAUUUGUUAUAACAUGACAUAACUCCAAUGGGCAUACUUGCAAUGGUAUAUAUAUAUUUUCUGAAAAUAAAUCAUUUCAAUAGUGCCUACUUUUCUCCACCAGAGACUCGAA